AUGACUCCAUUUCAUAUCCUUUGUUCCUCCGUCGAGCCCCGCCAAGAUCUGUUUGAGAUCCUAUUGUUGUUGAAAGAAGAAGAAGACAAGAGUAAUAACAAGUGCCACCCCUCCUGGCAACAAGUUCUAAGACAAAAAGACGCAAAUGACAAGCAAGCCAUGGACUACUUGAUUACCAACUGGACGCCCAAGACCGCAGCAUUGCUCGAAAUGACCGCCCGGCGAUGGAUGCUGGAUCCAUCUUUCCUGAAGAAUCAGCAGCAUCCCUGGGAUAGUACUCCUGAUCCUAGAUCCAGCAGGAGGUUGGGCAUGGAGCGCAGAGUGAAUGCCGUAAUGAAUGUCAGAAACACCAAAGAAACCAGAUCCUUUUUGUGGAACAAGGCAUCUGACAUGUUCGAGGUGUACACAAAACUGGAAUCCAUUUCGAUUUUGGAAUUGGCCUUGUGGCACAAACAAAUCAAGAGUGGUGGCAUGAUGAAUGUCAAUCGCACCAAGAAAAUAAGUCUGGAUCGGGACCAGUGCCUUAGUCAAUGUGGAUCGGGUGUAGUGCUCCCUACUAUUGGUGCUUUCUUGGGUUUGGAACUACUAGUAGUGGCACAUUCGAAUCCUGCUUCUAGGAACGACGAUCGGCUUUGGAGACAUCUACAAGUAUGA